AUGGAAGGUGUUGAAAAGCCACAAGGGUCCGUCGUAAUCAUCGGAGCUGGUACUCAAGGUAGACGUCUUGCGCACAUGUGGUCAAGCCGAGGCGGCACCGUCCAUCUGGUAGAUCUCCAAGAGCAACAGCUCCAAGAUGGUCUGAAGUACGUGGAGCAACUUCGCGCGGAUGCUACAGACCAUGAAGGAGAUUGGGGGAAGGUUGAGACUUCCCAGCCCUCUUCUUUGCAAUCUACACUGGAAGAUGCAUGGCUCGUUGUCGAGUGCGUGCCGGAGAACUUGAAGCUAAAGCGAAAAGUGAUCGCUGAACUUGAUGAGCUUGCACCUGAAGGCACAAUCAUUGCUUCGAACUCGAGUAGCUACGGAAUCUUUGAGAUUAUCGAGGGCAUGAGCUUGAAAAACAACAACAGAGUUAUGAGCGCGCACUGCUAUUGGCCACCGGAGACAUCCGCAAUUGAAAUCAUGGGCCACAAGGAUAGCGAUCCAAAGCUGAUUGAUCUCGUCCUGGAGCAAUGUAAAGAACAUGGAUUCUCACCUUUCCACGUCAAAGAAAACUCUAUCGGCUACAUAUACAACAGAAUUUGGGCUGCUAUCAAGCGGGAGACUCUUCUCGCGUUGUCCGAAGGUGUUGCCACACCCAAAGAAAUCGAUGCCAUUUUCAAAGACGUCCUGAAGACGCCCAAGGGUCCAUGUGAACAGAUGGAUGUUGUCGGCUUGGAUGUUGUGUUGGAUAUUGAGAAUCACUACGCUGAAUCUCGGAGUGGUAUUCCUACAGAGCCGCGGGACUACCUUCGGGAGAUGAUUCAAGGUGGAAGUCUGGGCGUCAAGAAUGGCCGAGGAUUUUACGACUAUGAAGAACAAAAGAAAUGA